AUGGUCGCGCAAACGGCGAGGUUGCGUCCACUCGCGCGGACGAUCUCAACUGCGCUGUCUCCCUUGAGCAAGAUCACGCAUCAUGCGUCCCCCUUUCGUCCAAGACCCUCCUCCUCAUCGCCCAAUCUACGCCCAGCGCUGGCUCCUCGCAUCCAAACCCGACAUAGUUCAUACCACUCACCCGAGCCGACCUCGAAUACACCCAAUGCACGCAAAAAGGUCACCAUGGUCACGCUGCGAAAUCUCUACAAAAAGGGAGAACCGAUCGCCAUGAUCACCGCCCACGACUUCCCGAGCGCACGUGCCGCGGAUGAAUCGGGGAUGGACAUGGUACUGGUUGGCGACAGUCUGGGCAUGGUAGCCAUGGGGCUAGAAAAUACCACGGAGGUCAUCAUGGAAGAGAUGCUUUUACAUUGUCGGAGCGUGGCUCGGGGAGCAAAGGCGGCUUUCAUUAUCGGCGAUCUGCCCAUGGGCUCUUACGAGGUCACCCCCGAACAGGCGGUGCAAUCUUCGUUGCGAUUCAUCAAAGAAGGCCGCGUGCAUGGAGUCAAGAUCGAGGGAGGCGAGGAACUGGCUCCAACCGUCAAGCGCAUCACUCAGGCAGGGAUCCCCGUGGUCGGUCACAUUGGUCUCACUCCGCAAAGGCAAAAUGCCCUGGGUGGGUUCCGGGUGCAAGGCAAAACCGCCAUCGGUGCGGUGCAGCUUCUCAAAGAUGCGUUGGCGUUGCAAGAGGCUGGCGCAUUCAUGCUCGUCCUGGAGGCGAUGCCGCCCGAAGUGGCAGGCCUGAUCACCUCGAAGCUGCAAAUUCCGACUAUCGGCAUUGGGGCCGGAAAUGGCUGCUCGGGGCAGGUCCUCGUGCAAGUCGACAUGACGGGCAAUUUCCCCCCGGGUCGUUUUAUGCCCAAGUUUGUCAAGAAGUACGCCGACGUUUGGGGCGAGGCAACACGAGGCAUGCAGCAGUAUCGCGACGAGGUCAAAAGCCGACAAUUCCCUUCGCCCGAGUAUACAUACCCCAUCACGAAAGAGGAGCUGUCAAAGUUCGAGCAGACGGUCGAUCGGUUGUAUGAUGGCAGAUCACGAACCGGCUCUGAAUAG